AUGAUUUUGACGGACGAUAAACAACAAGAGAUUCUCACUAUAUUGCACAAUGUUGAAAACUGGCCUGGUAUGACCUUCAAGGAAAAUAGACAAGUCCGUCAAAUGCUUCAUACCAGAGAAUCAUCUACUAACAGUGCUUAUGGUUUAUACAUUCCAGGCGAUGAAGGCGAACAUCAUAUAAUCAUCAAUUUACAAUUGAUUGAACAAGCUGCAAAAACCACCAAACAAAUGCAAUCUGUUUAUGGAGUUAUGAUCGGAAUAAAAUAUUUACACGAAUUUGCUCACCACAUUUAUUCAAAAUAUGGACGAUCUCAUUUGUUAAAUACGUAUGGUAUUCAAUUAAAAGACAGUAAAAAUACUCCUGCUGGUGUCUUACGAGGCGAAAGUGGGAAUAAAUUUGAAGAACAAAUGUUGGGAUUCGUUGUGUCACACGCUGGUCAUUCUAACAUUGCAAUGAAUGUAAGUAAUUCACUCUAUUUAACAGCAAAUGAAUUUGUAUUAAAAAGUUGUUCAGCUCGGAAACAAUUCUUUCCAAUUCGAAUUUAUCGAGAUUGA